UCUAUAUAUAUGUGUAAAGUCAUUUAUUGUUGGAAACACUUUUCCACUUGUCGUGAUCUAGUUAAUCAUAUGCUUUUUCAACAUUCUGAAAAUAAAUUCAUGAAUUUAGAGUGUGGUGUUAGUAAAUGUAAGUACUUGUAUAAUACAGCUAAUACUUUUAAAUGGCACAUUUAAAAGUAUUAGCUGUAUUAUACAAGUGAAUGUUUCUCUAUACAAUUGUGUCACACUAAACUUUAUUGUAGAGAAAAAUUUAUACUUCCAAAAUCAGUAACAAAGCAAAUUUUCGAGCAAAUUCAAAUAUUGUUUAACUUAUAUCAAAACAGUAUUUUUUCAAUAAUUCGGGCUAAACUUAAACAUUGUGGUAUUAAUUGGAAACUGGAUUAUGUGUAUAAACAAAUUCUUGAAGAAGAUUCUUUCUACGAGCGUAUUUUAAAAUCAAUAUCCACAGACCAUCUAAUGGAAUCAUAUAUGAAGUUAAACCUUGACUAUGUUCCUCCAAUCAAAUAUAAUAUCGCACCAAUUGAUGAUAGAUUUAUUGUUACGUUAGAAAAUAAAAACCAAGAUAAAGCUUAAUUUCACUAUGUUUCUUUAUUGGCAACUUUGAAAAAUUAUUUAAAACGUGAAGAUGUUUGGAGUAGUUUUCAGCAUAAAAAACAGGCUAGUGAUUAUCUACAUGACUAUACAGAUUUUUAUACAGUUUGGUAUGGCAGUCACGUUUAAAAGAUUUUUGCUGUGACUCUUUUAUUAGACUCUAUUUCUAUAGUGAUGAACUUCAAAUAUGCAACCCACAAGGAAGUAGAAAAGAGACUCAUAAAAUAAGUGUUUUUUACUUUAUUGUUGGCAAUAUUGAGAGUAAAUAUUGGUCAUCAUUGAACCACAUUCAUUUAGCAUUGAUUUCAAAGUAUAGUGUAGUUAAAGAACACGGCUACGCACUUAUUCUACAACCUUUGUUGAACAAUUUGAUGAUACUUCAAAAUGAAGGUAUUAUUUUAAGACAUUAUGUUGAAGGUUUAACACACAACCUUAAAGGGUCCAUUGUUACAUUAUCUGGUGAUAAUUUGUCUACCCAUACAAUUGGUGGGUUAUCUGCAUGUUUCUCGUCUGGUCGUAUUUGUCGAAAUUGCAUGGUACCACUUAUUAACAUUCGAGAUAUUAAGACUAAAAGUCAAUGUAAUUUGAGAACUAAAACCAGUCAUUAUUAUCAUGUUAACUCUGUGUUAAUUGAUCCAACUCUGAUGUCUGUGUAUGGAGUUGAAAAAGAAUGCCAAUUCUCUAUCUUAAAUUAUUUUUAAACCAAUAGACUCCAUGCCCCAAGACAUAUUACAUGACAUAUUGGAAGGACUGAUAAGUGUUAAUUUUAGCGUUGUUAUAAAAGGCCUUUUUAAAUCUUGUUAAAAAUAAGUUUUUGACAGUCUGUGAGCUCAGAAAUAUACUAAAAAAUUUUAAAUAUGGGAUUACUGAACACUGUGAUAAACUAUUGCCUUCAUAUGUUCCACUUAAUUUAGUAUCCGGUAACAAUUAUAUCAGUGGAAAAGCUGUGGAGAGGUGUUCAUUGUUUUAUCAUCUUCCAUUAUAUAUUGGAAAAGUUGUACUGAAUGAAAAUGAAUAUUGGGUGCUACAUUUGUUAUGCAGAAAAAUAUGCCAAAUUAUUCUUUCACCAGUUAUUGAUAUAGAGUGAAUUUCUGUACUCACACAUUGUAUUGCUAGACACCAUGAGUUAUUAGCAAGAUUAAACCCAAAAUCAUUUACACCCAAGAUACAUUUUCUUGUUUAUUAUCCACGAAUGGUUGCCCAAUUUGGUCCUCUUCGAUUACUCUGGUGUCUGAGAUUCGAAGCAAAACAUCAAUAUUUUAAGCAAGUUGCUCAUCGUGUAAAAAUUUUUAGAAACAUUACAUAAAUUCUUGCUGAGAGACACCAGAUGACUAAGUGUGUUCUUUUAUCACCAGCAAAUGAAUGGAUUCAGAGCUUUCCGGUUAUUCCUGGUUUACAGCAAUUUCUGCCUUAUUCAAUUUUUCCAACCAGUCUUUGCACAAAAAUCAAACAAAUGUAUGGAAUUGAGAUAAGUAGUAAUCAAAAGAAUAUACUGUCUGUCAAUUGACAGAUAGUCUAAGAACUAAAUUUAAAUCAGAGCGUUCGAAAUAUUCAAACAAUGAGUCUGUUAAAGCUUAUAGAAAGUUUGCAUCCAAAAGGAUACAUAGUCAGCUGACUGAGUCUGUUAAUGAAUCUGUAAAGAUAACUAGAUGUGAGUUGCAGGUUGCAAAUGACUGUUUAGAAGAUCCUUCAAGUGUGGAGCAACAUGUAACAUUAAUGUUAAAGGAGUUCAGUAAACAUUAUCCUGACACGAUAAUUAUAUCUGAUAGAAUGAGCCGGACCUAUGUAUCAAGAAGACCUUUUAUCAAAACCAACCCUACACAAGUCAUAUUGCAAAGGUUUCCUUGUUUAGCAAUGGAAAAUGAGACAAAAUUCUGGAAAUUUGCAAAUCAAAGUUGCCUUCAAUAAAAAAGCAUCACUUUUGGAAACCGUCAAUGUUUUAUUAAAUGGUAUUGGCGCACCAUCAAAUGUUGAUAUUGAAGGUCAGAGAAUAUCGACUGCAUUGCUUCUUUUACCAGUUGUAUUUGGUGAAGACAUUGAUCGCUUCAUUUCUUUAAAUAAGAAUCCACAAGUUUCCACUCCAUCAAUAACCAUCAGAUGUGCAGGCGAAACAAAUGUUUUUAACGUUGAUGAUGCUGAAAUAAGCGUAAUGCUCGACGGCAUAGUAAUCGCAAAAUCCAAGACGGUAUCAAAUGCGGUUACAAGUUUGGUUGCAGCCUACUUGGUCUACGAAAUUGUAUUUGACACAAAACUUAAAAAAACAUUAGAUUUUGCAGCAAACCAUGUUUGUGGCGUUACUAGUUACAUUACAGCACCAUUUAGUCAAAGAAUUUUGAACAAACUUUUGUAGUAAUAAACAAUUUGUAUAAAAAUAUAAUUUAAAAAAAUUAAAUUUGUACCUCAAUAAACACGAUUGAAUUAA